AGUUUCUAGUGGCGUCGACUUGCAUCCUGCUGUUCGCAGACAGGAAACGGAUUGGGAGGGAUGUCUGAUUGCAUUUCAGCGGAUCAAGGAUUCACCCCGCGUACAGUACACUCGAGGAUUCCAAUUACGGCCGUACAGUGCAUGACUAUCUAUUUGUUUUUUCUGAUAGAAGUUUUACCUCCUUUCUUUUCUGUCCCUCAGUUCCCCCAUGAGGGAACCGGGCCGAUGUGGGCGUGGAAUCGCGUUGGAGACAGAGGAUAUUUUGAAGACAGGAUGAUCAGUCAGACUAGGUACCACUGUGACCGAUGUAGAGUUUAGUGGCAGAUGCUCAUUGCACCAAGCAAACGGGCAUGGCUUGUUGUCGAUGCCAUGAGUGGUGCUCGGCCAGAGCAUCCAAAUGCGCUGGCAUCCCGAUUGGGAAAUGUUUGAUUCGCCCAGAUCAUCUCGGCUGCUAACGUGAAUAGCUCAUAUGCACCGUGGGCUCCUUUUCGGUCUCUGGCAUGGCAUGCAGAUAAUCAAUCGCCCGGCCAGUUGUCAGUUUUUGUACACACACCCCAUAGUGGGCUCAGCUAAUGCUGCAUGUCACUCACUCAUUGGAAGGGGUGGGUGAGCGGGCCAUCCUCGGGUGUUCCUUUAAGAUGCGUGACCAUCCCGAGCAUGCAGUACCCAAAAGGUGAAAACUAGAAUUCAGCUGGCAACUUCCCUUUGCCAGUAGAUACUGAAUUGGUGUUGCUUGAGGUGUCUCGGGGUCUGUUGUUGAGGUGGUCGAGUCGCAGCUUACUUAGUAGCACUGAAUCCACCUUGCCGAUGAGCUAGCUAGCUACCUUCUAGUAUCUACUGUGUCUAAAUGAUCGCUAGACGCGCCCUUCCUCAAGCAUAAGUUGCACGCAGGGGGAUAUGGAGGGAGUGGAUGUACUUUGUAAUCGAUAAGUGGGUGUUUACAUGUCUUCCUGACGAGUAUUCUUUAUUUUAUGAGACGUGGUCAAUAUUGGCGUAGUCAUGUUGUUCAUUGUUUCAGUCGAAGGAGUGUCUGCACGGCUGAGAUUAGAGAGGUAUGUCGUGCAUGCAGAUGUUGGAUGUAUGUAGUUAAGUAAAGUUCCUGCUGCU